AUGGCUUUCCCGAACCCCAAAGCUCAGCUCAAGUACACCUCCAUUCGUAAUGUACUAUCCGCCUCGGGCCCUGCGGUCGUCGACGAGCAGACACCGUCACCUGUUGACACGGAACCCACAGUGAAAGAGCAGAGCCACAGUGUCGUUGCCGAGUAUCAACAUCUAGAGAUAUGUCACAUCUGCGAAGGCGAGGAGAUUCUCAUCGCCCUACCAUGCGAAGUCGAGUGUUCCGUUCCAGAAAGCGUCGCGAUACAAGCUCUGCCACAAGAACAAGCAAAAAUUCUGGAGAAGAAAAUUCGAGAACUCACUACGCCCCCGAAUCAGCGCUGUUACUGCGCCAAAAGAAACUGUAGCGCCUUUAUCCCGCCAGCGCUCGUAUUUAUCGACGACCUCGCCCGGUGUGGCGAGUGCGGAACCUCAACGUGUAGGUUAUGCCGUGCUUCUCAACACGAAGGUGAGUGCGCAGGUCCAUCCGAAGGAGACCAACAAGCACACGAUCAGAUGCAGAAGGAAGGCUACCGACAUUGCUCCUACUGUCGCAGAAUGGUCGAAAGGAAUGGUGGAUGCUCUCACAUGACUUGCGUCUGCGGCCACGAAUGGUGCAUCCAUUGUGGCGGGCUGAUCAGUACUUGCAACGGAUGUGGGCAUCUCGAACCAGAUAUUGUGGGUGUCCGCGAAGAAGAUCAAUGGGUCCUCGACGACGACGCAGCCAUCCCGAUCGACCCUGCCGACGACGAGGAGUUGCAACAGCGAUUUCAAAUGUCCGUCUUGGACAAUGUGAUCCUCCAGAUGCGCCUUUUACAACGACCUGCCUCUGCCGACAACAGUACCAUGAACUUUAACCAAAUUUUUCGGGUGCAAGGGUACGAAGGCCCUCUGAUAUGGUAUCGACCUGACGGACACCCUGUGUUUGGGCAAAGCGACGAGGACUUUCCGAGCGGAAGGGAUUUGGCCUUCUCCGAUGUCGUGCUGUUCCACGUGUUUAACGCAGCUGAGCUUGUAUCUGAUGCUGAAGAGGAGCCUGAAGGGGGUGUUCAGUAUGCCGCCGAUGACGACUACGUGAUGUAG